CACGAAAACUCCGCCAGUGGUGACAGUUUGUAGUCGUUCUUACUAAAAGACUGUAUAGUUUGCAGUCAAAUUUAUUUAAACUUUCCUCAACAAGUGGUGAAUCGGCGCUUUAUUUAGUGUUUUACUACGGAGUAUGUAACAAAUGCCAAUUGGCAGUGAUUUGUUGCUAUUCAAUUCGUGCCGAUCCGAAGUUUUCGCCCGCCUCUAAAUGAAACAUGACUUUAUUUGGUAUGUGAAGAAAAUAAAUCAAUUUUAGUCGCAGGUAAGUCAGUCUACUAAUUGAUCAGAUUAUUGAAUUGUAACUCUGUUAUCUAUUUAAAGUGUGUUAUUUUUGAAACUUAAUUAUAUGAACCAGGACUUGUAAACGCAUUGAAACUGUCACGUCAUUCCGAUACCACCUCUUCUUCCUUCAACAGGUAAACCAUGAAGGCUACGUUUUACGACGUCUUGUUGUUGGCAGUCUGUAUUUACUGUGGCUCCAGUCAGAAUUUAAAACGAUGCUACGAUAGUUGUUCCUCAAAGGUAAAUUAAGGCAAAGUUACGUAAGUUAACUUACUUAAUACGUGUUUCCGUAUGUAAAUCUUAUAAUAACAAAGGGAAACAGAAAGGUCUGAGCUUGGUCAAAACGAGGCUUUUACCCGAUAACGUGCUCCAUUACGUGAAAGUAUUGUUAGUAUACUCUACGCCGGUAAAAAUUGGCGCCAGAUAAAUUCCUUUUUAUGUUUCAAAACCGCCGUGAAUCCUAGCACGCAUUUUAAUGAAGGUUGUUAAAUAUAUUUCAACUAUGAUACUUUUUGAUAUUGGUGUAAGAACAGUGUUUUGAGAAAGUUUCGUGAAACGGUUCAAUAUCAUGACUUACACUAAAGUGAAAUCGAUUUCAAAUACAACCGGCAAGCGCCGGGCAAAAGUUUUAAGCUUGGACAGAUACUUGCUGUUCAAUUGAAACUUCUUAUAAUGUCAUGUAAAAUUAACCAUGUCAUUAAAAUGUUUAAAUUAUGUAAACAAUAUUGAAUGAAUAGGUCGGGAGUCGUUCAAUUUAUGAAGUCGAGUCAAUUACGCGAGAGCUAAAAGAAAAAAUGAUUUGUCGUGAAAUGUAGUUGCGUUACAUUUCUUUUUAUUCGGGCCGCUGCUCCUGUUCAUCUGUUUCCGUAAACACUGGAUCUUUUUCGGGAAAGAGACCCUCUGCCUUUUCAAAAUUCAUAAACUGCGUGUGAAUAAGAUAUGACAGAAAUUUAAACAUGAAUAGUUACUAAGCCUCAGUACUAGUGUAAUUAUGAAUGUUUGCCGUAGAUGCACCUUAGAUUUCUUUUAAAAAUUCCAUGACACGUACGAUCGCGUGUAAUCUUUACAAUUUGGGGUUUUCAGUCCGUUUCAAUUAAUGGAAUAAUAAUUUUGUAUAAAAAAUUUCCUGUUUUACGAGUAUGCCCUGAAGAACAUUUGAGUUCUUUCUAUAUCGAUCUUCACUCGGAAGCGGUUUGGUCAUGAAAACCUCCAAAUCGUUUUUCAAAGACGAAAAACUCAAGUGAAAAUUUAACAUCAAUAGAGUUGCCACAAAAGAUCAAAAAUGGGGAAAAUGGGCCAAGGAAGACAACAUAUAACAAAAUAUAACACUUUGUUGUAAUAACGCGCAAGCUAUAUAAACUGCAAUAUAUAUUUCCUGUAAAAUUUAAAAACAAAUAGCAGUUAGUUGCAAUGACGUUUACAAAAAUGCGCGAAAGAAAAGAAUCCUCUCAACUUCCGCUUUUGAUCGGGAAGGAUCAAAGAGUUUGUCUAAGAUGCCUGGUUUCGUUAUGUUGUAAAGUAGAACCAAGGACCUCGAUAUAACGAUCUUCUAGAUAUGUAACGAAGACCUAGGUAUAACGAACGAUAUUCUUCGCCCCGGUAGUAGUACGAUAAAUAGGCUGUUCGGGCGCGCGUGAUAAAAAUAAAAACCGCGGGGAAUUUAUUUACCGCCAGCUCUCGCCGAUGUUUUUGAAAAGAAAAAAUGAAACAACGUCUGUGUACAGGCUAUACGAUAAAUGGAAUGGAACCUCGAUACAACGAAUCCUUAUUACGGCAAACAUAUUUUUCCAGUCCCUUCAUCGGCCCUUUUCACUACCGUAAUUGUUUGCUUUAGCCAGCUAACACUCUUCAGUUGUCCACUGACAAUGUAAAUACUAAUUUUAAAAGUGUGCUGAGUGUCAUUCAUACCUUAGAAGUUGUUUUCACAUGAAGUGAUUCAAUUGAAUUAUGAAAUUUAAACAUGUUAGAAUUAAAUUGCUCAUUAGGUCACAAAUCAUGGUCGCUGCAACUAAAGCCCGUGUACAGAACGCCCCCCUCCCCUCAGGAAAAAACCGUUUUUUUUCUGAGGGAAAGGGGGUUGGGGGCGUCUGAUAACAGGCUACUGUAACCACAAUCGGCGACAAAAUUAAUGAUACAUUGUCCUCGAAUGGACUACCUUUGGAGAGCAAAACAAUCCACACCCCUCCCCCCUCCCCUCCAUUCAAAGUUGGGGUGUUUGUUGUUUUCUAAAGAUAGCUCGAACAGCGGCAUAACAUUGCAUGGAGGAGAUAGGAGAGAGAAAUUUUUAUUUUCCCUUUUUUUAACUUGGCAAAACGUCAGAAAGGCUCUUGAGGGCGAAGUGUCUCAACUAAUUUUGUCGCCGAUUGUAGCUACACAAUAAAUCUACCCCAGCAUGCUCAAGUUAAACGCUACUGCUUUUUGAUACAUUUUAAAAGAUAUUCAAAACAUCAAUCCAAAAUUAAACAAUUAAGCGACAUACAGUCAACUCCCUCUAUAGCGGACAACCUAAGAACCUCGAGUUAGUCUGGUUAGUGUUCUCAUUAGCGAGAGUCCGUAUUUUAUUUCAGUCAAACGCUUGUAAAUUAUUACUUACCCGGGAAUUAGCUGUUGUCCGUAUUGUCGGUUUUCCGUUAAAGCGGGGUGUCCGCAAGAAGAGAGUUGACUGUAAAUGAAAAUGAGCUCAGUGAUAUUUUGUGACUAAUCAUAUUAUCAAACUGCUUCAGAUUCCAGAUUUUCAGCAGUGUAAUGAAACCUGUGAUCAGUUAGCUACCUUGGCAAGUAAGUAAAAGGGAAAAAGUACGGUUGAACCUCUCCAUAACGGUCACCUUGGCAACACCCCUGUCACUUUUAUAUAGACAAGACAAGACAAUGCUUUAUUUGGAGUCUUAUACAGUCCUAUGAACAUCGAUUUUAUCCAAAUAAUUUAAAAUCAUAACACAAAUUGCACACUAGUGGAACUAUAAUCAAUGUUAACCUAAAGAACUAAUGAUCUUCUUUCCUCAUAGCAGUCGAAUACGUGUUUUGCAAUUAACUUUUGCACUGGUUUAUUAACAACAGAAAAACAUCAUCUGGUGCCAUUCUGUUUACUGAUAUUCUGUAAUCUUUGUUUAAGUAUUCAAAUAAAGUACUUCUCUUUUCUUGAUACGCAGGGCACAGAGUUAAAAAGGGUAUUUCAUCUUCUACGUCUUUUUUACAGAUAGGACAAAUCCUCUCUUCCGGUUUCUUAUAAGGUCUUACAUAUAUAGGAAUUCCCAGUUGGAGGAGGGGGGGGGGGAGGGGAUAAGAAUGCUUUCUCCCACUCAUAGGUGCCGUGCUUCAAACGUUUGACGGUGUGAUUUUUAAGACUUUCUUGCUUGAAAAUGACAGUAAUUUUUUGUCUCAUUUCGGAAAUGGUAUUGUAAGGAAUAUCUUAAGUUAAAGAAGAGAUCUUUGCAAAUUCUCUUUUGCCCAGGAAAGGGUCAACUUUUUCCAUAUCUGCCAGAGAUAUUCGGCAUCUGCGGUGGGGCUUUCGAAUUCUUAUAAACUGACACUUUAUCAAGCUGCAGAAUUGAACUAUUUUGAAGUGCAAUUGGGUAGAGCUUUUUUUCUAUUUCAGUUUUAAAAUAUAGAGAAAGCAACUUUUUAUAAUUAGUCUUCUAACUGACAGGUAAAAAAACGCAAAUAUUUCAUUUGAAAUGAAAGUGUUUAGCACGCUUCUUGUGUUAAGGUUGCUGAACUCAUUUGGAUAGGUUACUACAAUCCUUGUCAAAUUAAGUUGGGACACCCGGUGCAAGAACCAUACAGCGACAAAACGUUGUGCUCUUUCCCUCCCAGUGUUGAAUUUUUUUGCUUCUGUGAUGCCAAUUCGCACAAACCAACUUUGGGAGGGCAGAAAACAUCGCCACUGUCCCAACUAAUGUGACGAGGAUUGUAGUGGUUUCCGUUUUAUGGAGUGUUUUUAAAGACUCGUUGUUGGUAUAAAAUUGAAAUUUAGUGCGGACAAAAUACAUUUAUAUCACAUUUCUUCAUCAGGUUUAACUGAAGAUUUCGAUCGUUGCCAUGGAAACAUGAAUAAUUUAAAACAACACUAAAAUUUUGAAUUUUGUAGCCUUAAGCAAAAUCCACUCUUUAGAUUUCCUUAUUAAUUUACACACAGCCACCUUAAACGUCACCAGAAAUUCCAUGAAUUACUUCCCCGAGCUUAGACUAAUCAUAAAAAUUGAAUACCCCCUCCCCACUUUUCAGGGGAAGAAAGUUAAUAAGUCCCUCCCUCUUUUAAGCCCUCCCCCCGUCCCCCUUAUUAUUGAACACUAAUAAAUGAUGGACUGUAUUUAUCAAUCACCACCGUAAAACGUCAUUUGGACUGAUCCAGGAUGGUUUAUUCAGCGGCUGAAAGUACAGAUUUGUUUUUGAUCCUCGGCUGCAUGACCUCCAACUUCUUGACUGUGAGCUUUUUCUCUAUGCAUUCUAGUUCUUUAUGGAGAACUGAUACCAUUGUCUUUGCUAAGUAACAUACGCCUCCCCCCUCUCUCAAAUAUGCCCCUCUCAAAUGUUUUUGAAAUAAAUAAGCCUCGGGGGGCGGGGGGGGGGGGACUUACUAAAGGGUUUACGUUAGUUGUUAAUAGAGCUUUGAGUAUUCUUUUAUUCAAGUUGGUGUUGUUUUUUUCUCUUACAGAAAGCAAUGUAACUUUGGUGCCUCCUACUCCAACUCCACCCCUCCUACUGUCUUCAGAGUACUUCGAGUUUACUCUACAGUGGACAGAAUACAGUCAGCGUUAUAAUGAUUCUCCAGUUAUUUUUGUGUUGGAGGUCAAGAGGCAUGAAAAUAUUUCUGAUCCAGCUUCUUUCUUACCAGUCAUAAAGAAAUAUCACACGGUAAGUAUUUGUUGGCUUCAGUAUGCGUGGUUCUGAGGGGAGGAACUACUGAACAAAGUUUUACACUUGGAGUUUCCGCCCCGAGGUCCAACCCCAUACCCUUUUAUAUAUACCAUCUUUGACAGAAAAGGACCCUCACUCGUAUACGUACCUUCCAUUGAAAAAUGGCACUCCUUUAACAUAUUUACAUUCCUAUUUAAUACGAAUAAAUCGCUAAAACAUGGUCAUUUUUGUGUAACGUAUGAAAAAUUAAUAGAAGUGAUAUAAUGAUUUAAAGAGGUAGCACACGCACAAAGUGGUUCUUCGUCUACCUGAUUCGUGGUCGAAUUGGAAUUUGGAAUUGUUGGUUUUUGAGGAGAGGGGAAAACCGGACUACCCGAGAGUAAAAUAGCCAUAAGGCGCGUCUUUCGGAACAUUUGAAUUAAAGAACCUUUUUUAAUAGUUAAAAAGUAUAGAAGUUCCUACCCGUUUACGUGAAAAUUUCUUACCCUUUGAUAUACUUGAAACCUGAAAAAGGUACCCCUUUCGUGCGUAGAAGAGGCCAAUAUAGGAAGUGCCCUUCCACCCGGGAUUGCUGGGCUGUACCCUUCGAAAAGAAACUUCUUUAUGGGAUAUAUACUGACGUGUAACAAGUUAAGUGCGGGCAAGCAUCACGUUUUCUAUUGCGCAAGUCAUCACGUCAUUCUUACGUGCCGUUCAUAAUGGCGUAUUUUCAACCAUCGUCCGCUCAGUCUGGUCAAAGUUAGUAGAGAGGACCAGCAGUUCCCUCUACUAACUAUGGUCUCAUUGCGUGAGUGCCGCAGAUAGAGUUUUCAAGUGUGCUGCAGCUAUACAUUCUACUUGAGGAAGGUAAAGCAAUACGAGUUUUCGGAGUAGCAUGAGUCGAGACUUUGUGUUGGUCAAGUACAAUUCAGUUUCGCUUCCAACACUACUACAAAGUACCUAUCGCCAGGUUUUAUUUGAAUGGUCAACUCUCGGAUACAAGAACCAUUUGCGAUCUAUUUACAAAAAUGCAGCAUUUUUCGAUUCCAUUAAAAUUUAUAGCCCUGGACACGUAUUAAAUGCAAAACGUAAUGUUGCGAUACAGUACUUGUAAGUAAAUUUUUUUUCUGGCAGAUAAUUUAUGGUUUUCUUUUCUUCUUUUUCUUUUUUGUUUGUGUCGUGACUUUUUAUUAUUAUUCCUAUUUUUUUUCUAGUAAGCGUCCCGAUAGCGGGUCGAAGUUUUAUUAAUAAGCAUAAUGGCUCUUACCAGUAUAUUAGGUAACUCUUAAGAAAAAUGCUUCUUUUAUUUCUUGCAGACGAAUUUCACAACGUUCAAGAUUCCCCAAGAUUUUGUCAUCAAGACAAAUUUCUCUUUUCGUUUAGCAGCAAUAGCACUUCAAGGCACCUCCAACUUCUCGUCGCCGAGUCCCCUUUAUACAACAAAUAGUAAGUUUCUUGCAUAUUUUUAGGGGGGAGGGGGGAGCUAGUGUUGUUGUUUAAUUUUUGUUGUCAUCAAAAUCAUCGUUGACCGUAUAUCUACUACAGGAGUUAAACUGUUAGAGACCUCAUUCAAGAAAAAUAAUAGAAAGUCAACUUCAACUUUUUUCAACAAUAAAUAUCUACAACUGGCCUGCAGUUAGUUAGCAAGGCUAGUCGAGAUAGGCUAGGCUAUAUCAUUUUACACAAGCUGAAUAAAUACCAAACUUAGACUAUUAAUGUAUAUUUUAUAAUAUACAAAUACUAUUCUGCCUUGGGAAUUUAAAAAAAAGGACAAGAGAAUUACUUUUUCAGUUUCACAAUAAUCGUAUCUACGUCAAUGUAGGAGUCUUCAGUUUGAAGGAUGUUAAGUAGCGUUCCUUUAAUUUUCUUCUAAAGGCUAUUUUUGAUCUCUUUUUGAAGAAUUUGAGGUAUCCUUUUCAAAAUUUUGACCCUUACACGCGAGAGAGCAUUUCAUGUGACAAACGAAAAAAUCCGUCCUCGUUCGUUUAUGUCGUUAAUUUCGCGUGAAAUUAGGGAAGUCGUAGUCGUGCAGUGGACGCAAAAAAAAAUUAGCAAAAAGUGUGGUGCAUGUGCAGACUUGUUGUUGUUGUUUUUGUUUGUUUGUUGUUUUUUUUUCCUAAAACCAAUUGAAUUGAUUUUUGACGUUACGUUACCGCCGUCGUCCUCAUGGUUAAGUGAACUCCCUAAUAUAACCUAAUAACUUGUUUCCACCUCUUAUAUUAACGAAAUUAGAGACCUGACGACCCCACAACGGCGACGUCCAUGAAAACGUCGCUGAAAAACAGACUUCGCAUCAUUUUAAACUUUUUCGCGAUUAUCCGUAUUCGCCCUGUUACGUAAAAGAAGGGAAUUUUGGCUGGAGAUGAAGAGAGGGGAACUCGCUCAAGUUCGGACAGAGAUGGUAGAAUUUAUCGCCUUGCCGUUCCCGUUCCCAAGUAAACUUAAAAUUUGGUCAUUUCACGUCGUAGUUGUGCAGUGAAGGCAAAGAAAUGUACGAAAGAGCGUGCAGAGUUUUUUGACGCUCCUGUUGCCGUCGUCGUCGUGGUUUCGUAAGGUCCCUAUUCUCGCUCAAACCUGUGGUGGAAUGACGACGGCUCUCGUGUUUUCCCGCCAAAAUGAUAUUACUUAGUAUUUGGUAGCUUAAGCAACUCCUCGUCUUGAAAUCUAAAGGGCUGGAUUAUUGAUCCAUCUACCUAAUUCUUCAUUUCAUUCUCAGUCGUAUCCAAUGAUUGCUUGUGAUCACCAUUUAGGAACCUCAUUGUCAUUACGUAACUAUCAUCGUCAUCAUCUUCAUUAUCAUCAUCCUCUUCUUCUCAUCUUAUCUUCUGAUAUUUCUUUUAAAGGAACUGUGUCGCGAAAUUUCUCUAAAUUUAAGCAGUGGGAACCACCACCAAUUUAAGUGAAACAAAAAUGUCUGCUCAAAACAUGAAAAUAACGUAUAAACAACAAGGCAAAUACAAAAACUGAGGAACUUGGAAUGGACAGUGUUACAGAAGAUUGAAAUGGAUGGCAAUUGUGCUUUUUGAAAACUUAUUAUCCUAAAUGUUUUCCAAAUUUAUUUGUGUGCAUGGUUUGUAAUGUUUGAUAUAAUGCUUGGGAGACAUAUUUGUUUGACACAAUGCAAAGCUGUGAUUUUGUCAUUUACAAGUAACUUCUCAAGUUUCAGAGCGAAGACAAGCCUGCGUAGCAGGCGCUUGGAAGUAAUGGGCGCAAGAAAGAAAGGGUCGCGCGAGGGAGACACGCGAGGAGAGAAGGAACGCCUGCCCGACCGGCCGAUGAAAAUCGUUUUCACUCGCUUUCUGAGAGUGCGGAACGUUCCUAUAGUUCCUAUCUCAGAGAACAAUAUUUAGCUUUUUAUAAUACACAGCAUGCAUUUUUUAAAAAAUAUCCAUUUUUGACUCCUUCUGUUUUCUUCGUAUUUAUCGUGCCUUUGGCUAAAAACGAUUUAAUGCUGUGUAUUUAUCAUCGGUUUAUCACUCCAUCGCUGUAUAAUCAGAUAACCUAACUGAUCUUUAUAACAGAUAUAUUUAGGCCGUAAAGGUACAAUUACAACGCUUUAGCACGCUUUGUUUGUGCGAGGUCAAUCUUUUUCUGUGAAAAGUAUUGACAGAUCACGCAGCGGCUGCCAGGUAAUUGUAUAGGGGGCGGGAAACGAUUUUCAUGGGCCUCUCGGGCAGGCGCCCCCUCCUCCCUCGCGCGCCACGUUCUCUCUUGCGCCCAUUACUUCUACGCAGGCUACAGCGUUAUUGACAUUAUUAAUAAACUGAAACGGACAAUCGCGACACAGCCCCUUUUAACUUGCGCGCUUUUUCUCCUUUUUUUUUCAGGUACUUGCAAGACUGGACAGGACAUUUUUGGUAAUCCUACUCCAUGUCCGGUGUUCAAUGUUCGUGUCAUCUUCAACGUAACCGAGGUUCCAUUCAGGGCUCCUCGAGUUGCUGCUAUUUUGUCUUGGGACUAUCCCCCCGGUAUGUACACAAUCGUUGGUGGACAAAACAUUGACCCCCAGUCCAUGGACUACCCCUCUGGACUACCCAUAUCGUAAAAUAGACCACGCCGCUGAGGUUUAGUUAUUAGGGUUAAGAAAUUGAGUGAAUUAACCAAUCGGGUCUCAGGUCAGUUUUCCAGGAUGGAACUUGAUUCACUCAGUUUCUAAACCCUAAUCACUAAACGUCAGCGGCGUAGUCCACAUGGGUAGUCCAUGGGGGUAUUCCAUGGACUAGGGGUCAGUGUUUUGUCCACCACCGUGAUCGAAGGUUUUUUUUUUUGCGUACGCAUGUAUAUAUAAUCGACAGACUACAAUGCAUUGUUUGGUCAUUAGCAUGCGAGGUAUUGAACCCUAUAGCAAACUUCGCCGUAUAUACACAUUAGGGUCAAAAGUUGAAAGAGCUGGUCAAUUUGAGCAGUUUGUGCAAGUUUCAGUUCUUUGCAAUCAAUAACAAAAGAAAUAGCUGCAAUCCAAAACUGCCAAAUAAGCCUUAUCACGGUUUUGGAGGCCAUCUUGACAAGAACGCAACGGCGUGAGAAGUUACAGUGUUUGUAUGGGAAUUUAAUGUCCAACAAUUUCCGUAAAACGGCUGUACUAAAAAAAAUAUGAAUUGUAAAUUAAAGCUUCACCCCUAACGAUUCUACUGACAAAGUUUGAGAACGUUACAUGCAGCUACAUGUGCUAGAACCACCAUUUAAAAUUUUCUAUACAUUUGUCUGUAAAAAUUUUUCUUCCUGCCGACUGAAAUUUCCCGGGAGAAACUGCAGACAAAUAUAUGGAAAAUCUAAAGCAAGCGUCUGGAGAAAUUUAGGCACAGUAACGCCACUCAAAAUUUGUUAGUAAAUUCCUUUGCUGUGUAGCUUUGGUUUACAAUUCAUUUUUUUUUUUACAGAACAGCCGUUUUACGGAAAUUAUAAACUAAUAUUAGAAGGUGUAAUCAAAUGGUGAUGAGUGAAAAAGGCUCAGGAAAUUUUGAGGAUUUGGAGAAAACGCAAGUGAAAAUUUCCCCUUAUUUCACGAGUAUACCAUUUGAUUACCUAUCUUAAUAUUAAAAUAUCAUGGGUGACGAAUAACGCUAGGUUUUGACAUGUUUUUCCUGGCUUUAUCGUAUCGAUGGAGAAUUACACGCUCUCAAAAGUUUAGAGCUUAAAUUUGGCUUAAGUUCAGAAUUUUCAGAAUUUUUCGACAAAAUACCUGUUAGAAUCCUUUUUGAUGUACUAUUUCGUGUGUUUAGGUUUUCUAAAGCGUCUUUUAAUGCCCCGACAUCUUUGUCGCCAUCUUGGAACUGAGACGUACGGAAGGUUGCCAUGGCAAUUUUGUAUUUUCACAUGUGAAAUUAUAAAUUAACGCUGGAAUUUUGCGCCAAAAUUAAGGAGUAAUUCGUCACCUAUGAUAUUAAACAAUAAACUUUUCAGAUGACUUUAAUUUUCUGUAUCCCAAUUUUUAGCCAAUUUUAUUGACCAUCCUACAGUGCAAGAGAACAUCCUGAGGAUCGUAGUCAGUGUUUGACCUGUUGUGACUUCCAUGUACUUUACUUAGAGGUUUAGCCAAGUAAAUGUAUAAAAUAAAGCACUACGCUCUUGCAUUUUUGAGGAAAAAUGAAAUAGUAACGAGUUGUAAGGUGGGAGGAUAAACAAUAACACUGAUAAGGACAGCUGCUGAUAUUCAUAUUGAUAAAAGUGUUUGAUUUUGAUUUCUCAAUCUUACAGGCCCAUCAGGCUUUGCACCCCCUUACCGCUACCACUCACUACCCACCCGACCCCUUCCCACCGAACGCACUCCCCUAAUUUGCAAUUAUAACUAGUAUUAGUUAAUAAACAGUUUAAACUACUUGCAACUAACGUCAUUAUCAAGUUUGAAAAAACAAGUGUCUGUUGCAAAAUAUAAAUACUUAAAAACGAUGCGUAAGAGAACCAGUGUAAACUGUAAUUAGGCAACCCCAAAGAACAUUCGUUCUUUUACAAGUGCCAGACAAAGUUUUCAAUGCCUCAUUCAUGAGAUGCUCCUCAUAGAAGAAAUCAAUCCGACACCCAGGCCGAUCCCAUUCGUACAAAAAAACCUUUGUUUGAACUAACAGACACUUGUUGUUGGACUUGAUAAUGACUUUGGUUGAACAUCGAAACGUCGUCGUUUUUUUUAAAAUGUUUUUUAGCUUUUUAUUAUGAGGGACAUUAGCGCAGUAUUUUAUAUUCUGAUGUUUUACGAAAUCGCUUCUUAUCCAAUUUCAAACAUGUUUGUUUAUAUGUUUUUUCCACAGACGCAUACGUACGCUUGAAAGAAACCGGCCUGAGCAUUCGUGUUUUACUGUCUAGCUAUGUCGAUAAUAUUCCUGCCGAGCUUCGCAACGCAUGCCAUAAAGAUGGAAAUCUUUUAGACUUUACAACUGACCUUAUCGAUGUCAGCACUCCGGUAAUUCUCCACUUCAGAACCUUAUGAGAAGCAUACCGAUCUUUUCAUUGAUUCAAAUUCCGUAAACUGCCGCUUAGUAGCCCUGGGCUUGUACAUCUUCGUAAGGGGCUUUAGGAGGGCUUAUGGACGGAGGGUCUCAUUUAUAUCCUAGGGGGGCUUAAUUAACCGGAAUAAAAAAGGCGUUUCCAUCGAAUACAUUUCAAUACUUUUGGAGGGGACUUAUAUCCGAGGGGGAAUUUAAUCGGGCAGCAAGGGUGGUGGAGUGGUGAGAGCACUUGCCUCCCAUCAAUGUGGCCCGGGUUCAAUUCUGUUGUUGGGUCGCUACUUUGCUCCGAGAGGUUCUCCGGUUUUCCCCUCUCCUCAAAAACCAGCCUUUCCAAAUUUCAACUCGACUAGGAAUCAGGUAGACCAAGAAACACUAAGUGUAUGUGCUACCUCCAAAUUGUUUUUUAUUUGUUAUUUGUUUCCUGGGGGGGGGGGGGGGCGGCUGCUUAAAAGUCCUAAUUCAAGAUACCCACCAUCUUCGCACGCUUUUAAGAACUGGUGGUAUAAAAGUAAUGUCGCGUGGUUUUUCAGGAGGCAAAUAAGUGAUACAAUUUCCCAAUUCAAGAAAUUGCGGUUGAGUUUGUUUAUUCUAGCCAACAGAAAAUAAAGAACUGACGAACUGACGAUAAAUGACGAUAACGGCAAGUUAUGGGUGGAAGUGAUCAUUUUUACUUUUUGGAGGCAGUAGCGACGGUAGUUAUCCUGCUCACAGCAAGCAAUAAUGACGUGAAACUUGGUGAAGCUCCCGCUGUACAUUUUGCAUGACUAUUAAAUCGUCGUCUCGUUUUGAGAGAAUAAACAAACUCGGCCAUUUGCACUAUGACGUCUUUUUACCACUGAGACCAGAAUUCAUUUCGUUUUUUCUUUCAUAUUGAAAUUUGGUAAUCCCAGUGAGGUUUAAAUAACAAAAGCAAUAAUUUCUACAAGAAAGCAAAACCCUGAAGGAUUCUGGUAGAAGUAGUAAAAUGACGCCAUCGUGCAAAAGGCAUUUUGGCAAAUCUCAUCACUUGUUUGCCCCCUGAAAUACCACUUGACAUUGCUUUUAUCCCAUCAAUCCUAAAGCGUGUGCAAAGAUGGCGGGUGUCGUGAAUAAGGACUAUUAUUAAAAACUGAAUCAUUGGAUAAUGUAAUUGUAGAGCUCUGAUUGGCUUAGCAUCAUGGUAUAUUAUGCACUUAAUGUCAGAUCCCGAGGGAAACAGUUAGUUUUGUUUUCCCGAGAGUCCUGAUCCUCGAGGGAAACGUCAGGACUCGAGGGAAAACAAAACUAACUGGUUUCCCGAGGGACCUGGCAUUAAGUGUUCUGUUAUAUUUCUAGACUUUCACUUCAACAGCAACAGAAGAAUAACCGGAGCGAACCAAAACAGUCGACUCGGUACUUAUAACAACACAAAUUUAAUUCUUAAAACCACUGAAUCAAUGAUUUACAGAGUACUUUCCUUAUAUUACUUGCGUCUUUUUCCUCCACUAGCUGCUGUUUCUCCUCUGGGAUGACUUUAAAAAUCAUUGCUUUUUAGCUUGAGGCUUCGUGUUUGUGUUCAAGUUGUUGUUUUCAUUCACGAAAAAGAAAACUGGCGGUGUUUUUCCCGCCUUCUGUCACACCACUUUCCACCAUGCUUUGAUCACGUGCUGUAAUGUAGCCCGAGCGGGAUACAUUGCUUAAUGUAUCGCAAUCGGGAUACAUUUGAUUUUAGUCAAGGCCACGUGACCAAGAAUCAACCAAUGACAGUCCCUGUUUAGUUGAGUGAAAGUCCAGGAAUAUAACAAGAGCCAUUAUACCAUGCUCUCCAAAUAUGGUGACCGUAGUAGUCUGCUCAAAAUUAAUCGGUUGUUUUUACAAAUAAAGUCGGGAAGAAUUCUCGAUCUUUUGUGGGCGUUUUUAAUAAAACAAUUAUUCCACUCGCGCUUGUUGGAUAUGCGAUGAUUAUUGCUACGUACCAUCUCCUUUCCAACGCGCUCUCGUGGAAUAAUUGUUAAUUAGAUCCCACCUGCCAAGUACUUCAUAGGUUCUCAAUGCACGGGUAGACAGUACUUCUCGAAAAUUGCUUUUCUUUUUAUCCAUUUUUUAUUAGCUACUCUCCGCUGUUUGUAAUACCCUUAUUGUUGCUGUUCUUUAUAUUUGCCUAGCGGUCAAGUGAAACUUACGUUCUCUCACCGGAAGAUAAGCUAUAUUAUGGAUGUCCAUAUGAGGUCAAGGUAAGUUGUUACAGUUGGGACGCUUCAGCUACCGCUCCGCGUUCUCGCAUAUGUGUAUUUGUUGUUAGGCUAGUUAAGAUCGUUUCUUUUUUUCUUCGUUGACUAAUGUUGUCAAUCUUAGUUCCUUUAGUUCUUUUUUUGCUUUUAGUUGUAUUUAGUUGUAUUUAUUUCCCGUAAACAUGACCCGCCUAGAUUAGCUUAGCUACCUGCGGGCAUGUUAUAAUUGUACUUUUACCUCAAAACACAAUAAAUGUAAAAUGUAUGUCAGACCAUGAUAAAAACCAGGCAGGGCCAGGCAAGGCUUCAUAAUGCUCAAAUCACCGAUUUUGCGUAAACUAGGGGCAAAUGGUUGUUAUAUCACGAAUAAUACUUGUGACAAUACAUGUGACAAAAUAUAAGGUCAGCAUAUUUUAUCCCCUGGGAGAUACGCCCAUCCCCCCUCCGCACAAAACCCCCAUCUGCUAAUACAUAUGACACAACAGAAGGUCAGGAUAUUUUAUUCCCUGGCAAAUACGUCCAUCCCCGCUCCCAACCAAACGCUUACUACCACCACCGUAAAAAUGGCCAAAAGCCCUAUUUUGAGAGUAAUUAAUUGGCAAGCUUUGCGGCAAACAGUAAAUUCCGCGGCAACGCCAGCUCCUAAUGGAACUUUCGAGCUUUCUCUCCGCCUCCACGUUUCCAGCUUAACCACAGCCUUAUGUGUUUUUCCUUGUAGCAACUUAAGCAAAGGUGGGGCACGAGAAAAACUACCACCAAAUACUUGUGAUUUUUGUUAAAGUUAUAUUUGGAACAAAUAAACGUUAGCUAGCGGCCAUAUUUACGCCAGGUAUUAACUCGAGAAUGUUGGGACCUUGCGGCUUCAGUGUUGGGACAAAUAAACGUUAAGCCCCGUGCAAACGGACGCAACAUUGUUGGAUGUUACAUGUUGCGUCCGUUUGCACACCCUGUUGUAUGUUGUUGGAUGUUGGUGCGUGUUGUUGCGCAAAGUUUGAAACCGGUCAAACUUUUCAGCCAACAACUCCCAACAUUUCUUUUGUUUCAUGAUCGCCGAAGCGUAGCGCAACAAUGUUGGAUCCGUUUGUACAGCUCUUCCAACAUUAUUGGGACCACGCACGCGCAUUACGCAUGGUUUACAAAGACUUAUGGGUGGUAUCCUUCCCACGAUGCACUGCAGGUCCCGUUGUUGCAUCCGUUUGCACACCACUGCCAACACGCGCGCAACAACUCCCAACAUUGUUGGCGCAACAAUAUUGGGAGUCCGUUUGCACGCAGCCUUAGCUAGUGGCCAUAUUUACGCCAGAUAUUUACGCGAGAAUAUUGGGACCAUGCGGCUUCAGUGUUCGCUCCACGCAUAGUAGCCCGCGUAGUUGGCGGGGUUGUUACGCGCGCGGUAAUUUCAUGACGACAGCCGCGAGAGAGAUUUGAAUUAGUGACUUUUUACCAAUCUUCCAGCGGCUCCGCCAUAAAAAAGCUACAGCACACGAUCUCUAAUCCCGCUGGUUAAGCAGACUAGAUUGUCUUUGGGUUCUUUUUCGUCCCACAAGAACCACAAGACCCUGAGUCCGGCCGGGUUUUGAACCCGCGACCGCCUGCUCAGUAGACCGGCGCUCUCCUAACUGAGCUAACCAAGCGGCGGUCAAGACUGAUGAAUUUUUUCCUCUACAGAUUUCUACUACGUUCGCUGAGAAUUUUGAGACCCCGGCAACUUUCUACGUCCCGCGUAAGUAUGUCCUGACAUUCUCCGCCAUUUUUUAAUAGCUGGCAAUUUUAUACGGUUAUUCUUCUGUAUAUUCGAAUUCAACCGUACACAACCUGAGAAAACAACCAACAUUUCGCGACGCUACCACUGGUUUCCCCGCGAAAUGACGUCUGAGAAACGACCGCUGAAAUUCCAUACUGAUGACGUGUCACUACCCAGAUCUGGUCAAUGCUCUUCCUUUUGACUGAUCUUGCCGCAAGGGAAAUUUGCUUCAACCAAUCAGGCUACCGUAUACGGUGAAGAAAAAAAAAAACGGAACCUUUUAUCUUCCAUUCCUUUUUUUUUUUUUUCACAGACUGCAUUGGUGGAUUUUGCGGAUGCGACGCUGGUAAGUCGAACAACACUGUUUAUAUUGAAUGAGAAUUCAGGAUUUUUGUUUAAUCAUGAUACACUCGAAUUUCUCCACUACGCAAACCCAUCAGCAACAGUGGUAAGUAAGUGUCCGUUAAAGAGAGGUGGCGGUAAAAGUGAGGUAAAGAUAUGCAAUACAGUAAACCCCACGUAUAACAACCUAAAAUUUAAGAACCUGUCAGGCUGAAAUUUUGAUUUUAAGCACCCUUCACAUAGAACCAUUUCAGGCUAAAAUUUCAAAGUAGGUUCUUAAUUUCCAAAGUAAUGUAAAGUCAAUCUGUUUUAUUUUCUUGUCAAUUAUGCAAUACAGUACUCUGUAUGUUAGAGCCAGGCGCGGAUCCACACCGGUUUCCGCCGUUUUACGAAAAUCGGUCAGAGUUUUUAUAAAGCAAUAAACUUUUAAUGAAAAAAACUUUCCAAGUUAAAAUCUGGCCAAUAUCCUGACUGAAUGACUCAGAAGCCCAGGAAAGGUGUCUUUAGGGAGUAGAAAUCUAAAAAAUUUCACGGGGGGUUGCAUGCCCCCAGACCCCCCUAGGAAGCUUACGCCUUCGGUUCUAGUUUAGGAAAACGGUCAGUAUUUAUCCUAGAUCCGCGCCUGAGAGCGCUUACACUAUGUCCAUGAAAUAAAAUCUAAAUAGUUACUACCUAACAGACACACAUGUUAGCACACGUGUGUGAAUAGUUUAGUAUAAAAGGCCACGCCCACCAAUACAAGUACUUUUUUUCUUACCAAAAAUUAAGAACCCAUUUAAGAACCUAGAUAGCCUGAUUUCAAGUUAAGCACCAUUUGUUUAAGAACCUGUUCAGGCUGACUUGGAAAAAUCUAGGUUCUCGUACGUGGAGUUUUACCGUAGGACAAACUAGGGAGGGAAUUUAAAACUUAUUUUAGCUUGAAAAAUAUCUAUCAAACGUCCUCUAAUAAGUGGUUAAAAAAUAAAAAUUUGUAAAAUACGUAACUUAAGCCCUGUACACACUAAUACCUUUUCAAAAGUGUGUUUUUUCGUUGUCAUCGAAAACGCAUCGAUCGAUUCACCUCCACACUAUCGUUUUGAUGCGUUUUCGACCGUCUAUACUAAAACGUUCGAAAGCGAUAGAAUUGAGCGUUGUGAUGUAAGAUUUAGGUUCUUAAAGCGGUUCUUAUUUUCUGAAGAAGAAAGUACACUGCACGGAUAGCUCAGCCGUUAGAGCGCUUGACUGCAGAGCAGGAGGUCGAGGGUUCGAUUCUCGGGAGCGGACCACCACUCACAGUCUUAAAAUAACUAUUAAAUGAAGGUACUCCCUUUGCACUGCAAGCGGCUGGACCUUCGCGUGGCUCGGAUGACCAUGUAAAAUGUCGGUCGUAAAAAAUAAUGUCCCCAAUAAGAACUUUCGUGCUAAAUACAUUAAAACUCAAACAAAGUGCUUUUUUUAGCUUAGAGUUUUUAGUGGUAUUCAACUCAUUCCUUUUGUUAAACCUGUAUAUCAUUUCAUAGCAGUUGGAGUAAUGAGGCACCCACGUCUCCAAAGAGGAUCUUGAAUGUUGACUUACCUUGUUUGCCCAAGUGUAUAGAAUUUUUUUUAUUGAUUUUCGAAAGUAAGAACCUGUUUCAAAUUCUAGGCUCAACAGGUUCUUGUAUAGAGGGGGCCUAACUGGCAAAUUUUAGCCUAACAGCUUCUUAAAAACCAAGUUCUUAGUUGCGGCUUUUUCAGUUACUGUAUAUCGAUAACACAGAAAACAAACGUUUAGCGGGACAAAGUGUUAACAGAACUAAAACCAGUACUAGCUUUACAUUGCAAUGAGUACAUCUUAUCGUCGUUGUACAAUGGUGUGAUUCUGAUUUGAUGUAGUCUGAGAAAACAGCCUACAUUUUGGCUGCCUCCACUGGUUUUCCCGCAAAAUGACGUUUGAGAAACGAGCGCAGAAAUUCCAUACUGAUGACGCGUCACUACCCAGAUCUGGGUCGCGUUUCUGAUCGGUCGUGGCGCGUGGGAAAUUUGCUUCAACCAAUCAGGAGCACUACCCAGACCUGGUUAGUGACGCAUCAUCAGUAUGGAUUUUCUGCGCUCGUUUCUCAGACGUCAUUUCACGAGGAAGCCAGUGGGGUCGUUGCAAAAUGUCGGCUGUUUUCUCAAGCUAGGUUUGAUGCUAAUUCUCAUAACUAUUGAUGCUGUUUAAAUGUAACAAAAGAGAAAAUUCGUUUUUUUUUUCUCAAGGGCAACAAAAUACACCAAAGAUAGUCUCAGAACAUGUUGACUUUGAUAUUCGCAAAAACAAUCAGUCCGUUAACUUGACAACUGUUAAUGCUACCUGGAGUAUCGAGGCGUGGGGCAAGACAAGGCCGGCAUUUUUCAGGUAAGUUGAUAAAGUGUGAGUAUUGAGUAGAAAUGUGAAGCUUGAAGGGACAGGUUCACGGUUCAGCGCAUGCUUAUUUAUCAACAUUCUGUUUUUCUGCCGGGACAUGCUGUAUCGUCUAUGCAAGCAAUAUGGUCAUGUCAUAAUGUUGUGAAAGAACCAAUCUGCACACUCCCCUGGCAGUCACUUGCACUUGAUGAACUUAAAUAUUUCCAAAUAGCUUUAAAUUAAUCAACCAUGGAAUAAAACCUUCGAGUCAACAAUAAAUACCACGUUGGUAGUGUUGGCAUAAUCCACUAAUUUUUUCUGCGAUUUUAGUACUCUUCCAUCCUACUUCAGGUUACUCUGAAUACAAUUCUACUUUGAAAUACACUCUGAGUUCGCUUAGAUACAUGUGAGGGGGAUUAUUAAUCGAUAGAAUUAAUAAUAAAUUGGAAAGAAGUAAAAUUAAUGAGCAUGCGCUUAACCGUGAACCUGUCCCUUUAACGUGGCAAAACGUCCUGUGGGAUCUAUAAUUAGGGGAAUCAGUAUGAUUCUUAUUCACAGACUGAGAUCGCCUUUGUAUGCAUGGUACGGGGAACCUCUAGAAAUUGACCACGGCUGAAAUCUGAAUUAAUUUUCGUGCCUACUUUUGCCGAACGUGCUCGUUUUAAUACAUGUGUUUUGCACUCUGAGGAGGGAGGAGUACUCAACAAAGUUUUACACAGGGAGGCUCUGCCCCGAGGUCUAACUUCUUACUCUUUAAGAGAGAAUCCCCCGUGGGCUUUGGAACUAAAAAAAAAAAAAGAUCUAGACUGGUAACAACAGCUGCGACAAGCCGACAACGGUUUUGAUCUAAAAUCUCAUUGGUGCAUAAGAUGGCGCGCGAUUUCUUAGCCAUUCACAAACCUCACAGAUAUUUUUUUUCUUGCUUGUUUACUUCUUUUUCGUUUCUUUUCCUUUUGCUUGUUUGUUUGUUUGUUUGAUUUUGUUUUAAAUUGCCUUUUUCAAGAACCAAGAAAACGAAGUUUUACUAAUUGGAGCUCGGUAAUAGGCACGUUUCGUAUUCCCCGACGGCCCUGGGACGAACACGAUUGCGAAGCAAAUGCGGGUCAACUUCUUUACAAAAACAAAACAAACAGAGGUAAUUUGCGCUGAGUCGCUGGAAAACGAUAGAAAUCUUAAAAACAGUAAGAUUUCAAAGCUUAAACUUUACCAGUAAGCCAAAGGGAUAUCUGUUGCAAACAACGAAAUUGUGAGAAAAGUUGAUCGUACUUAACAGAACAAAGGAAAAAAGCGACGAAGCCAAAAGAAAAAGUAGACUUUUUAAGCUUGAAAAGGGUAAAGUUUGUUAAAAUGACAUUAUUUUAUUCCCUUUAAUUAUCGUACUUCUUAGUAUUCUUUUUUACUCUUUUGUUUAGUGUAAAAUGGAGUUUAAACUGCUCAGUAUAUCGUCUGUGUAAAAUUCUGUGUUCGAGUUCUUGCCGAGUGAAAUGCGCAUACGUUUUUCUUUAUGGGACUGAAUAUUUUGAUAAAUAAUGUAAGCUAAAUGAAAGCUUAUGUAUAAAUAAACUUACAUUAUUUUAGUCAUCUUCGUUCAAACCGAUUUAACUUGCUCUGACAGAGCACGGAAUUUUUGCAGAACGUCUGCCCCGUCGGUUUAUUAUUUUUCAAAUACACAAGAUUUUGCAUUCGCUCCGCUAGAAAAUAUGUCAACUAUAAAGAAGGUUUCAGUCUGACUUGCAGGCUUUCGACAAAUACGUACACUCCAAUGGAAGGUAUGACUUAAAGAACUUUUAACCAUCACUGAAAAUAAAAUUAAAAUGGCUUCAGGGUAUUACCUUGUUAAAGGAUUUUGAAACCACCUUCACAUUGUUAUUGAACUAACUCCGCCGGGCACCUACCACUAUUUCGGUCAAUUUCUGGUUAGGCUUUAAUUAGCCUGCGUAGCAAGCGUUUCCGUUUGGUUUCGGAGCAAAGAAAUACCGAGGAAGGGGACUUUCGGUUUUGACCGCGCGAGAAAUGAAACGAGAGCCAAAAAGUUUUACUUGCGCCACUAUUCUCGCGGUCUUCGACUCUCGUUCCUCGUUCUUUUCUCCUAAACCGUACAGAAACACUUGCUACGCAGGCUAGCUUUAAUAGGCUCGUUGUUUUUCCUGGUGAUGACGAGCUGAUUUUCCUUUUGCUCUUUGAAACAAUGAUUUGUCAAGCCUGUAAGUAAGUUUUGAGACCCCCAAAACCUUUCAACAUUUCAAAUUUUCCUUUUUUAAAGCAACUCAGCCGCAGUUUUCUCGUGUUUGUUUGUCUUCUUGGUGAGAAGUGACCCGCAUUAGCCUCGCUUUCGCGCAAAAACAAGCGCUCGUCCUAGGCCCCCAGGAAUACGAAACUCGUCUAUUCUGAUUGCUGAUGCUUGUUUUCUUAUAUACUAGGUUGGUAAUGCAGGAAUGUCCUGGUGAUGUCUGUCCCGCACUACAAGGAUAUCAGCUUGAGGAUCAUCUUGCCGAUCCAGCGGUAAGGGGUUUUUCUUGUUUUAAAGAAACGGAUACUUCACUUUUUUACCAAUAAGCAGGUCAUUAGUUAUUAGCAAAUUCUUCCUUAAACCAUUCUGUGGUCUCUUAAAGAAGCUGUGUGUCACGAAUUGUAUCAAAAUUCUAACAGUAGGAACUUCCACCAAACUAAGUGAAACAUGAAAAUAAUCGCUCGCAACAUUUUAAAAAGGUAUUAAUAACACAAAAAAUACAAAAGUUGGUUUGGAUGGACAAAACGGAUUGAAAUGGGUUUUUGAAAACUUGUUAGCCUAAAAGUUUUUCAAAGUUCAUUUUUGUUGUUUGUAACGUUCGAUUCAAUGCUUGGGAAGUAUAUUUGUUCGACAAGAAGUUGUGAUUUUGUCGUUUGCAAGUGAUAUAUAUAUAUAUGUUUACGUAAAGUUACACAGCCCCUGUAAGGCCGGUAAACUAAAGACCCAUUCACGCCAAAGCUUAAAUAUGUUUAAAAGCUGUUUAGUUCAACAUAGUUUAAAAUCUUUUCCUUCAUAAAAGCUGCUCACUGAUUUAAGGUGGCUCGAUGGGGUUUUUCAAGGUCAAUACCUCACAAGUUUGACCAAAAAAAAAAUAAAGGCUACAAUUCGCUAAUUUUUUGUCGGAAAUUUCGUGUUUACAAGUGGGAACCUCUUAUUAUUAAGGGGUAGUGUCUCCAAGUUUUAUAUUUUCCUGGACAACAAUAGCUAACAUUUCUGCAUAUUUCAAAUGCAUUGCUAGUUACUGCUGUUCACGUAAACAAGAAAUUUGUAGACAAUACUCCUGAAUAAUGAGAGGCUGUCACUUUUACACACGAAGUUUUUCCGACAAAAACUUUGCGAAUCUUAGUCCUUAUUUCAUUGCUUUACAAGAUAGCCAUUAUCUUGAAACUCAAAGGUCAUAUAAAAAUACAGUUAAUCUCGAGAAUCUUAAAUUUUAAAAGAAAUCUAUCGAGCGGUUUGAGUAGACCGAAAUGUUUACAAAACCGCUAACAAGAGCGCCUCGAUAGAUACUAAUCAAAUCUUGCUUUUUAGCAAUCGGCUCAAGCUUUCUUUAUGAUCUUUCACAGACGUUUUUAAAAAGAUUUACUAUGAGGUGAAAUUGCAGUUCAAAAGCGCUUCGCUUAUUUGACGAGAAAAAAAACCCGUAUUUCCUUUUGUCAGGAGCCCAUCAAAUGGAGCCUCCAUCUCCCAUACAAGCCCUUGGAGUCAACCCUUUCCCGAGUAGAUUUAUAAUUAGAACGGUUUCUAGGGGAGACUUCGCGCGCCGACGGUGGGAAGAGCCAAUCACAACCACGAAAUGACACUGCUAUUGUACUUAAUCAAACAGCAGGAAAUUCGGUGUUGACAGGCCAAACACAAUCAUGAGCUAGUGAAACGUGACUUAAGCGUUUUCAUCCCUCAGAGAUUUUCCUUUUUUUCUUUCUAGCGGGUAGAUUAUACUGUGGAAAGUUUUAAACUCUGACUAUGUUAAUCUUAAUUUUGGUUGCUUGUGUAACAUUAAGAGGCCAUGAAGGUGGUCUAUCACAUGCAUAAUGUUCUGACAGGAUUCGGUUUUUUUUAGCCAAUUUUUUUGAGCGUCAAGGUUCUUAUUUCGGCUAAAUGACUCAAUAUUAAUCAAAUUUCUAGUUUUUCAAGGUUUUUUUUCCGAAAUGCGUUUAUCUGAAUAAAUACUUGUAGUCCUUGUGUUUGUUUUGUCCGUCAGCUAGUGUGAUGAUUCCCUGGUAUGUUUUGUAACGCCGGGCCCAGCCAUUGUUUUUUCGCAAAAAAGUGAUCUACAGAUGCGAAUUCGAAGGAAGGAAUUGAGCCUAAACUUCUACAUUAACUGCUGAAAAUUGUCCUGUUAGUCAGUCAUAAUUCUUUUGGCGCAGAUACAAUCCAUUUUGCUUUUCUUGAGAUAAGUGGGUCUUUGGACUGGAGCGCGAUGUCACAAAUUCCUCCGUUAGCAAAUUACGGUUGAGUUAACUUCACGGUCGAGCAACUGUUGUCUUCUGAUCAAAUUUUCAAGCGCUAGUUUUAUCAGGCAACUCUCAUGGUGGUACAAGUCAGUUGUAAAGGAAGACUGCAAUUUCUCAAAUUUCGGAACUGAAGCAUUCCUCGUUACUUGCUACUUAGGUCAUCGCUUUUGCACGCGGUGCUUAACUGGCGAAAUCCACUCCUCGGUGAUGACAAAAAUCAUAUGAUCCUGGCACUUUUUCGUCGCUGAUCAUCGAAAAGUUUCAAGUCGUCCACAGAACGUUUAAUCGUCGACUCUUUUCAAGGUGCAUGCUUAAAUGUGGAAUGUAUGACGGCAAAAAAAAAAACACUCGCAAAGAUAACCUUUCCGUGAUCCUCAGUUCGCUGCCUUUGUCACAUCGCUUCAUGCUCAGUCUCAGUCGGGUAAUUCAUUAACUUUUAUUUCAUGAUACCCAGAUCCCAGCGGCUGUAAAAUUGUAAAAACGGACGUAAAGAAAUAAAGGAAAACGGUCGAAAGACGGGCUUCUGAGUUCGACUUCAUCCAAUUUUAUUUUCUCACGGUGACAUACGAGACUCACAGAAAUAUGACACUUUCCGCGGGAAACUAGCCGUUCUAUUUAUAAAUCUACUCGGGAAAGGGUUGACUCAAGAAAUUAAUGGAGAUGGAGGCUCCAUUUGAUGGGCUCCUGCUUUUGUAUUUAUUUCCGUUUAGAAAUUUCCCGAUUGCCAGUCCGGGUGUAAAUUUUCCUGAAAAAUGGACCACCUUUAGAAGUGGUCCUCUUUAACCUGUCGGUCCCCGUCCAAAAUUUGCUGUUCCAUUUUCAAACAUUUUCGUUUGCUGAGAAAUACUCAAAAUUUCGAAAGAAACGUGAAUGUCUUUCUCUCCAAACUAGCGAUUGUGAACCAAACGGAAUAUGAUCAAUAUAAAUUAAAGGGAUGUGACAGUUUGUCACAUGUCUUAAACGUGUAAACUAAUCAUUACUUGGUAGAGGUAAACACCUCUAAAACUGUGUAGCCUGUGAGUUAGUUGUCGACAUGGGGCAGAGCGGGUGAUUGGGUAUUUGCUCUUUCUUGGAGGAUUGCAAUUUAGUCUAGUCAAUCUAGGCAUUUUUGGGGUCUCAACAUCAAACUUGUUGCAACAGAAUUGUUUUCAACGCCAUUUAAGUGAGGGUGGCCUAUCUAGCAACGUACUAAAACUUCGCCAAAAUCCGUUCGGUAGAACAAGUCAAAAUUAAACGAUAAACAUUUUGAGCUUUUAACACAGGGUACCCACGUUAGUUAAAAUUAUACGUUCAAACAAAAAAUGCACAAAAUUUGUUUGUUACUUUUAUGGAAAAGUGACAGAAGAAAGAAUAACUGCUACUUAGUUUUCGGUGAUAAAAACGAGGUGUUUCUUUUUUUCAAAAAGGAUCAAUAUUAAACACGGUUGGCUUUUGCACAGGAUUCCCAUGCUCAACUCAAGGAACCCCAAAAUAACAGAAGGUUUACAGAGUAAUAGAGUGAACUGUUGGCUGUAAAACUACGACAAAUUUAGUCUUAAGGCUGUAAAUCUGAAAAAAUGAAAGCCGUUACUUAAUCAUUAGCUUUUAACAUAUAUCCUUUUUUGAUCAGAUUUCUGUUUGCUGCAAGGGUAAGAAAAAUAUAUAUCUAGCUCAAUUUUUAAAGAACGUUACAGCCAAAAUAGAGGUCUCCCCUCAGACAUUUUUUCCUUUAGAAAGCUGUCACCAAAAACUUCAACCGAAAAAAUAAGAGUGCAGCCAUUGCUUUUUUCUUCUCCUCCUUUCUUUCUCCUCGCUCUUUCUAUUUUUCCUUUCGUUGUUCUUUUCUAGGAGGAUUUUCGGGCUCAUUUUGCCUUUGGCUUUUGGUCUUUUUCUCAGUCAAAAGACUGCAAAAAUCAGCAAAAUAAUGCUUUAGCUUUUACGGUUACCUAAACAUUAAUUCUCGUUAACGUACCGACAUCCUCAAAUAUACAAGUUUCACUUUUUUGAGAAUUUUCGUUUUCUUCUUGUUAAAAGUGAAUUGGAGAGGAGGGGAGCGGGAUAGUUUUACUAAUUCUUUACGAUGCACAACAAUGCAGAUUUCUUUUUAGCAGUUUAAGGUCUAAUGCCUAUGAAUUUGAUAAGACGGAAAUGCGUUUUCAUUUAAGGAAAAGUGUUGUUACCUUGGAAAAAAAAAAUAUCGAGGUUAACGGAACAUUCAUCGGACAAGAACUUAGGUUCCAGCAAACGUUUGGUUCAAGAAAACUAAAUAGUAUAAUAGGGAAGCAGGUUUUUAAGGGAAAGAUUAACUCAGCGUGGCCAAUACAAUGCGUAAUGUAAAAAUAUCUUGUAAGAGUCUAUUGAGUAAUGAAAAUUGCCAACGCAGAGCGUAACUCACGCAUCUCCGUCAGAAGGUUAACAUACAGUAAGUUGAAGUGUUAGACAACGCUCAUUCGAAGGAAAAAGAGGUGAGCCAUGAGAAGCUAAGUCAGAUAAGCCCAUUCUAGGUUCAGGGUUUUUCUCACAAAAGAAAUGCAAGGAGGGAGUCGCCUUUAGACCACAAGAGCGAUUAAUCUAAAUAUUUGUCUUACCAAGAAAUGAAGGGCUGCCGCAGAAAAUACAAACUGAACACGCAUAUACGUUCGCUACAAGAAGAAGAUUAAAACCAAUAACAAUCUUACUGCGCUUGGUUUCUGGGUUUCCCUUACAACAGAUUCGGCCAGGUGUAAUUGAAGGCGCAGAACGUUACGAUCUAGCAAAAACCAAAUAGACGGAGUCCUUGGCAGAAUAUUUAUUCACUCACAUUGUAAAGUACAGAGAUUGUCCAUGUCGCGAGAAAAAAAAAUCCAUGUUUUUGAUCACACAUAGUGUGUCCAAGGUUCGAACAUAACUACUUCACAAAACUCGAUGACAGAAAACAGGAAUAGGGUAAACAGUUUGUACUUAUAGAAAGCUAUCGUCCGUUGCACACAUUUACUCGCACGUAUCCUUCAGCACGGAUGGAAAUUUAGUAGCUGAAUGAAGGUGAACAAAAUAUCAAAUUAAACUGUUCACCAUCAGUCGGCUACUAAAUUUGAAUCAAGCCGCGGGAUAUAAAAAACUUACCAGCCUGUAAAACUGCUAAAAUACUUACUGCAUUUCUGAUAUUUCGCAAAAAAAUAAAUUAUUAAUAUUUUUAACCAUGUUAACACUGACUGACUAAUAAUUUAGCUUUUAAAUACAGUCGGAGAAAAAAGAAAUGAAACUUGCAAAACAGAAUGUGAAGGUAGACGAGUGGCUGGGUAACCUGUGCAAAGCCGCCAAGCCGAAACACUGACACAGGUGUCUCUCGCUCAUUUAGUCGGCGUUUUUUAAAAACAAAACUACCGUAAUGAUUCGAUUUAGCGCCCGGAGCGCUUAUUUGCUUUUGGUACCUCAAAGGAGGGCGCUUAUUGGAGACAGGGCGCUUGUUUGGGACAGGGCGCUUAGGAAUCGUUUGUUUCCUUGUUUUAAGGUUUUUGAGAUCGUCAAAAUGGGAGCAAGGACCCUGAUAGCAGAGCUUUCUUUCCGGCAUUCUUUUUACCUUGUACGAGUCGUUCGCGUGGAAGACAUUCGCGUCGCUUGGCUUGUUUACUUGGAUUGUUUACGUUCGAACGUAUUACGUGCCUAUUGCAACUUUGAAUCAAAACAAGCGAUCUCGAUUACGCUAUUUGGGCGACGCACAAAUAACAAGUAGAACUAAACAGUUUUUUUUUUUAUCAGGAGCCCAUAAUGAGGAGUGAGCAACUCUCAUAAUAGGCCUAUUUGUCACGGCGUUUUCACCGAGUAGUCUAUUUUUAGAUUCAUUUUAGAGCACGUUUUCCGGUGUAAGUCGAAGCCCCGCUCCGUCUAUGAGUCUAUUCAAAGAACAGGAUGUUAAAAAUAAAAACUGGACGUCAUUAAAAGGACAAAAGUAACAUUUUUAGUUCUCUAGUUCUCGCUGACUGGUUUGUGGGACAAACGUGAUAUUCUAUGUUCGCGCCAAAUAAACUAAUGGGGGAAAACGCCGUGACACGAGUACCAAGUUAUGGGAUUGCGGUUUUCAUGUGGUGCAUGAGCUCAACAGCCAGAAUUGGGACGCCUUUUUUGAUUCAUUUCCUUAGACAACUGUCCACAGCUUUGUUUUCCCAAAUCUGACAGAGGGAGAAUGGCAUCACUUUAUCGUAAGUAUUGUACAAUAAAACUCUUAAAACUGAACGGUACUUUCUGAAACACUUACAAGACAAAUCUUUGUCAUUUAAGUGGCCAUAUUUCUUGUAGUCGGUAAAGGGAGGCCUUUAUCAAUGGUUUAGUCAUAUAGUUGGCAUUCCUGGGUGCAUGCUAUCAUGAAAGUAGAAGGUUUCCGUAACAUGAGUCUACCGGUAGGUUGCUAUAAAUGUCCACCCGGGAUAAAAGUAAUGGCUGCGUUUUAGCGGGGCUCUCACGCCCAGCGGAGUGCCAUUCGUAUUGUGUUUCACUUAUUAUAUAUUGGACGUCCAUGUUAUGAUCAAUUGACAGCUGUGGAAAUAGGGUAGCCGCUGAUAAGUGUCACGUGACUGUAUUGCGGGCUCACGUGUACAACUCAUUGACGUGACUUAUCUUUUAAAGUUCUCCGCUGACCAGUUAUGGUAUUCAAGGGAUCGCAGGCUCCGAAAACUUUACUUCAGGAAGACAUUUCAUAAAAGUUCCCUCGAGAGCUUCCCCUUUGGCUUUGGCUUAAUCUAUGUAUUAUGUACAGUUGGGGGCGUUUAUAGUUUAUAGUUUAUAGUUUAUACACCUUAUACAAGGAAAGAGAACCUAAUUAACUCAUCACUUCCUUGUCUUUUUGCAGAUUUUCGCCUUCGAUAAAAGUGGUUGUCUCCUGUUACCUGUAGAAGGAGAGCGUUUUCAAGGUAAAUUGUGGAAAAUCUUCCAAACUUCGGCCCCGUUAAAAUGGAGAAAACUUGUUUCGAGAAGAAGGGUCACCCUCCUAACCGAGACAACUUUAAAGAGCGUUAAUAUGAGAAAAAACGUUGACGUCUGAAAAGGUGGCUCGCUCAGGGUAGCUCGGGUUUGCGGGUGACCCUUCCACUCGGGACAACUUUUCUCCCUAUAUACGGGUCUUAAGUAAUCAUUAUCCAACCUCAACGCGCGAGGAGACGCGAGAACACGAAGCAUCAUGGGGAGAAGAAAAGCUACAGAAGAAGCGCCAUUUCGCCAAUCCCCCCCCCCCCCGUUUGGUCACAAUCUGGUUUACCAGUACAAGCGGCUAUCUUAAUUUCAUAUGUACAGAGGGGGCAUGGGUCAGGCCUUACAACCGUCCCCCGCCCCCUAAUUAGAUUUGACAAUCAUCCAAGAUGGCCACCCGUAACGUACAGCGCUUGAUCUCGACGAUCUUACGGAAAAAUUGAGGGCUGUGCACGGGCUAACCCCUUUCCCGCCACCUUUUGCCAAAAUUUACCCAUAUAAAAGGGAGAUGUCCGAGCAAGAAGCAGUUCAUAAUCAACACCAUUAUUAUUUUCAACCGUUUUGUUUUUAGAAUUGAUCACAAUGUGUGAAUAAAGCGCAAACGGUGACAAAAAGAGAGCGUUAUACAAUACAUUAAAAAUUUUUAUUAACUCUCCCAAAGGGCUAUUCUGAAGUUAAUAAAAGAAGGGGAUAAGAAGAAAAAGCUUAAAUUAAUUACAAUCUUGGUACAAAACUGAAAGCCUAAUCUAUGCGCGUACAAUUACGUUAUCUCUUUGGAGAUCUAAACUAAAUCAGAUAUUAACUUUUUAACGCAUGGGGUCUGCACCCGCAAUUCGCGUUUGACGCUCCUCUUAAAGGUACAUAGUGACGGGCUAUUUCUAGUGUCUGCGGUCAGAGAGUUCCAGGCACUUACAACGCGAUAGCAAAAUGACCGUUGUGCGGUAACUAUUCUGCAUAGAGGGAGAUUUAGAUUGUCCCUUUUCCUCGUGUUGUAGUGUGUGUAUCUGAUCGCUUACCGAGUUUACUACUCAGGUACAACGGGGCGAGACCAUUAACAAUUUUGUAUACUUGGGUAGUAUCACGGACUAAUAGCUGAUCUUUGAUGGAGGGCCACCCUAAUUCCCGAAGAACAGGCGAGAUAUGAUCAAACUUUUUGGUAUCUGUUAAUACGCGGGGGCGAAGUUUUGCACUAAUUGUAACUUCUGUAGAUUUUGCUUUGAGCUGCCUGCCCAGACAAUGGAAAAGUAAAAAAGUUUACUAUAAAAAAUAAGAGAAUUCAAAAGAGUUGACAAGACAGGUUUAGUGAACAGGUGUCUAACCCUACUAAUCUGACAUAAAAUGGACAGGAGAGACGAUGUUAACGAAUUUACAUGAUAGCGUUAGAAAGCUUUUGAGUUGCACUCAAAAUACGACAAAACUAAACUGUCAUUGUUGGAGACAGAAAGGCUAUUAUAACGGAGAAAGCUAUUUCUCCACAGUAUACAAAACAAUUCUCUUUCAUAGACAGCUCAAUGCGACUUUUAUCUUUCCCCAAAGAUUUCAGUGUCUUAUUUAUUUUUUCUUCUAGGUAAAUUUAAGAUUUUGGUUUUAUGCAUGUUGUUUGUAAAUACUCUUAAAUGGAUCUGUCGUAUUUGUCCUUCAUCAGCUCUUGUUCCUGUUCCUACUGCAAGAGUGACUAGUACCGCCAAACCGAGUACAACGCCAUCACCUGGUACAACGCUACUACCAGCUACACAUCCACCACCAGAUACACAUUUACCACCAGGUACAAACGUAGAUUAGGGACCUUACAAAAUGAUACUGGUCUUAUCAGACCUAUAAAAGCUUUGCCACUAGUCUUAUCAGACUUAUCAUCUUAGCACUGGUCUUACCAGACCUUUCAAAGUCUUGCUGCUGGUCUUAUCAGACUAAUCAAAGUCUUGCCACUGGUCUUAUCGUACCUGUCAGUCAUUCCACUAGUCUUAUCAGACCUAUCUUAACAUCUCUUCUCAUUUUUCUAAGUUUCAUCAACUGCUGAAGCAAGCAUUUCAUCCGGGACCGUAGCAGCCAUUACCGUACCAAUCGUCCUUUUUAUGCUAGCAGGACUAGCGUUGGUGCUACUGUUCUUCCACCGUCGUCAGCGUAAAGCCGAUCGCCUUCACAGGGCUCCCACUGGCCUUCAGAGACUUGCUGACCACAUGCAACACGGUGAUCAAAAUAACUUUUCAAGAAACCGUCACAGCGAUCUGUCAAGUCCAUAUUCUAGUGAAUACGACAGGUAAAAAAAUAAAAUCCUUAAAGUAGAAAUCAAUGCCAAACAGUCAGCAAAACUUGACGUAAGUGCGAGAUCAGAAAAACAGAUGAGAGGAAAUAAGAGAUUUGAAACCUGGGCACCCCAUAUGGUUACUUUUUUUAUGUGCUGUUGGCCACUAAGCAGAAGAGGUCCUGUGAUUGGCUGAAAAAUACCACACCACCUUCGUUAGCCAAUCAGCAGUAGAGAUAAAAAAAAAGAACCAUAUUGACGCAAGCACUAUUUUCCGCGCUUUAUUAUUUUGUUGAACUAUCUAAUGCUGCUCUAAUUCAUAUUUAAGAUUUGACCUAGUGGUAAACCUACCAUCCAAAUCGGAGGGGGGACUGGAAGUCAAUCCAGCGUAUGUCGAGCAGCGUAUCCAGGAGGCCAUGGAAACUGGGGAAGCUGAUGAGUACGAGGUUGGGUACCACAGGCUUGAGCUUAAACGUGUGCUAGGAAAAGGAGCCUUUGGCAAAGUGUUCCUUGCAGAGGCUUAUGGCCUCGGGGAAAGUCAGGACACCACCACCCUGGUAGCUGUCAAAGUGCUUAACGGUGAGUUCCCUUUCUUGCUGUUAUGCUUUGGUUGAGCCAGCGAACGCAGACGUAUUUCCGAUCGUCUCCUCUCUCCGCCUGAAAAGUAUCAUCUGCGAACCCGAGCCGCCAAACGAUUUCUUUGACGUAAAACCUUUUGUUUUGAGAUUGACCAAUCAAAUCAAGGAAUAGAGUAAAGCUCGAUUGACUCCUCGCGACCUCGCGCGCUAGUGUGUCUACCUUUUUGCGAGUUUUGUUAAAUACGUUUUAGAACGUGAAUUUCACGACUGUAACGAGGUUUUUGUGACGUUGAAUGCUGACAACGGCUUCCUAAGCUAUGUAUGUUACUAGUGCCUUUUGUUUCGCCUUUAAAAAUAUUAUGCGGCAUAAACAAAUAAUCGCUAGGACGACUGGAAAUAGUUCGCAGGCCAGCUUUGGUUCUACAUUUAAUUUGGAACCCAUCACAAAGUGUUUGGGCAAGUUGCAUGUACCAACGCUGAAACAAGAAGGACGUGCAAUAUGCGAUUAGGGUGCCUGUAGCGUUGUCAAGACUAAUUGUUUCGCCCCUUAUUUUAGCUAUUCUGAUCAUCAGUUGGGGAAAAGAUUUGAAUCCUCGCCAGGGUUACACUCACAAAUAGCUAGCCAACUGGUUUACUCGCAGAGGAUAUUUUGAGUUGUUUUCGCGCCGUUUCUUUAUUUUAGUAAGUUCGUACUUCAUCCCAGAAAAUGUCUUUAGAAUGAAAGGGUCAGUACCAUUCACCCUGCUUACAAAGUCUCCUUCGAUCGAGGCAUCAUUUUCCUCACUUAAAACCCAUAACUCGGAGGUGUUCUGGGCUAGUUUUGUUUUAUUCCUUCAAAAGAUUCAAAUGUUAGUAAAACGUGCGAAAAUGUACUAUUUUUUUACAAUCACUUAAAAUUUACCUAAUAAAUGGAUAUUUUAUCUACACUAUUUUAUCAUUUUUUAUUUAUUUCUAUAACGCUUUUAAUUAUAUUGUCAUAGGCUCAUCUAAGUUAUAAAUUUUUAAAAUAUUUAUUAAUUACUGAUUGCUUUUAUGUUUUGGUUUUCUUUGCAGAAAAGGCAAAUGAAGACGAAGAAGAAGAUUUCAAAAUGGAAAUAAAUUUUAUGAAGACGAUUGGCCGACAUGAAAAUGUAGUGACCAUGUUGGGCUGCUGCACAUUGUACCCUCCGCUGUGUCUUGUGGUGGAGUAUGUGCCUCAUGGAGAUUUACUUCACUAUCUCAGGAACCUUAGAAAAACAGUACGUAGCUUUCAGUCCCUAACAAGCUUCAAGUUUGAGUUACCAGAAGUUAAUAUUAAUAGACUCUUUUACGUUUUUUUUUUUUAUUUUUUUGCUGUGACCAGUUAGCGAGAAUCCGUCAACAUGGGAUGAAAGUACUGCUUAAAAUCAGUAAAGUUGCCGAGUUUGUAGGGGAUUUGUGGAAAUUUAACGUAAGAUAUGGCUCUCGCGUAAGGCCCGGUUCAGAUGCCGCUCCACUCAUGUGCCGAACCUAACUGAUGAAUUAAGUACGGCAAAAGAGCGGCGUCUGAAUCAAUUUGGUACGGCAGUUUUCAGUAAUUUGGUGCGGAAAAAGCGUUAAGUUCGACGAAGUCUGUCGAGCUUUUGUAGAACUUAACAUAGGCUCGACACACGGUGUGCCAUCUGAAUCAGAUGUCGCGACAGUGUCGCUCCCAAGUAGUACUUAUGCAAUGAAGUACGGAGAUUUGUAUGGUGGGUGGGUGGGUUCGUGUCCACCAUCAUACAAACGUCUGUAAAAAUUGAUUUACUCUGUGGAAAUGCCUUCUCUUUAGACGUAUCACCUUUAAACUUUAAUGCCCUCUUUCCCAGCAGUGUCGAUGGAUAUUCGCCUACUGCUCUUAAAACAAAAGCCCCUUGAAAAAAAAAAGCAAAACUGUGGAAGAGAAUAUUCCAGAUAUGUUGUGGUUAAGAACUUCAACACCGUCCUUUUGGACAGUUUGACAAAAUGGCGGGCGGCCGGCAAAAUUGAUCUGUCUAAACGUCUUGUUCCGUUUUCUUACAAGGAAAUCUGAACUGUUGUGUUUCGGGGAUGCUUGACUUCAUAAGUCGCAGUUUCUCCUGCGUUAGUUAUAUGAGAAUUAUAUUAAAUUAAGAAAAAUAUAAAUUUCCACAGCAAACACUUAUAAAAAUAUACAGUCGACUCCCGAUAACUCGAACCUUCAAGGGAAAUCGAAAAAAGGUUGGAGUUAUCGGGAGAAUAGCCGAGAGUAGGGUAAAAAACAGUUUUUACUGCACAGUAAACAUCUUAAAGGGAACCUCCACUCUUACUACAGAAUAAGUUUAAAUCGAAUAAAAUUAUGUUGAUAAACAAAUUUGUUCGAAAUUUGUCCUUAAAAAAAGUGUUUAUAUCAGGAGAAGUGAAUUUUAAAAUCGCUUACUUUCACUUUCAAAUUUCGCGGGCGCCGCCAUCUUGAAUAAUUGUGACGUGUUACGGUUGCUCUAUUGUUCUGACACAAAGAGCUUUUGUUUAAUAACAAUAGGGCAACCGUAACACGUCACAAUUAUUCAAGAUGGCGACGCCCGCAAAAUUUGAAAACAAAAAUAGGCGAAUCUAAAAGUUAUUUCUUUCGGAUACAAACGCUUUCUUUAAAAAUAUUUUAGAUUGACUUGACUGUAACAGUUAUUUCCUGUGAUUUAAUGUUAUCUUUUUGUUGAAGUGGAGGUUCCCUUUAAUCACAUCUAAUUGUAGAAAUGUCAAGUGAAAAUUAAAAGGUACUUCUCGAUUAUAAAUCAGAACAUAACGUAACAAAACAUAGCCUAAAUAGAGCAUGCGUUUUACUGUUUUGAGAAGAAAAGCUGCUUCACGUUAGCCUGUGACAAUGAACAUCAGCCUCCACUAGUAAAGUAUACUCCUUCAACACCUCAAUAGGAAAUCCAUAAUUCAAUGUUUCGGACGCCCGUAGAUGGCUUUUUGCCGCACUUUUUAAGGGCUCAAAACACGGUUCGAGUUAUCGAGGGUAAAAUUGUAUGAAAAUGACCUGAGGAGAAACGAAAUUGGUUCGAGUUAGCGGGAGUUCGAGUUACCGAGGGUUCGAGUUACCGAGGGUUCGAGUUACCGAGGGUAAAAUUACUGUGAAUGUAUGACGGAAAUCCAGGGUAAAUCGAUUUAGGUUCGAGUUAGCGAGGGUUCGAGUUAUCGGGAGUCGACUGCAUGUACCUUAACUCCUCCAACGUCUAUAUUUUAGAUGGCUUCUCUUCUCAGGAUUAAGGCUCCCAAUAAGAAACAAUAGAAAAAUAACACGCUAUAGUGGUAAUACAUAGGCACUCCAACUCAUGGGGUGCUUACAAGAAGCUGUAUUUGCAUGCUUAUACUACUACAUGAGAAAUUUCUGCAAUUUGAUUGGCUUAAAGCAGUGGUAUUUCACCUUAAUUUGAAAUACCUACAUGUGAAAAUUACAAACCUUUUCCGGGUAGCAGUAUAAACAAAUAAUAGCAUGAUUUGUACUUCAUAUUUGGCAUAAAUACCACUCCUGAUAUUUCAAAAUUGUCUCAAAUUUCACUCGCCUAACGGCUUGUGAAAUUACGUAUAACAAUUUCGAAAUAUCACUCGUGGUAUUUAUGCCAGAUAUCACUUCUAAUCGUGCUAUUACCUAUACAAAUCAUGCUAAAUUCAUUCAGUUUUGCUACGUGUGUAGACGCACAACAAAUUGUAAUAGAACUAACUUUUUCGACGGCUAGUGGUUAUUUUUUUAUUAUUUUUUAUGUUUUUUUAAUUUUUGCUAUUUUUUUAGUUCGAGAUGCAGAACCGUAAACUGCAAGGGGAAGAUAUCGACAAGUUGAAAAAAGAGAAUCAAAGCACCUCCUCGAAAACGCAAGCUGGCGCACAAUCUGUGACGGGGGGUGGGAACGAUUCCGGCAGCCCACUGGUACACGCGGCUAAUGAUGUGGUAGGUACCGACUGGCUCCUUCUGUCAAAAGCCAGAUUCUUACUGUUCUGACCCAAUCUCUCUAUCAAACAUAUUUAAAGGGCAAGAGUUAUAGAUAUUUAAAGCCAUCGUUUUCGACCAAUCGCUUUUUCCGUGGACUCCGCCCACAUUGAUACUGGUAUCGGUAAAACCAAACCUAUAGAGUAGAGAAGUGUGACGUCACAAACAUUUAAAUUUGUGAAAUUAUAAAAUUGACUGUCAAAUUUAAAAAGGAUAAAAUGAAAAUUGUCCAUUUGCUAAAAUUCAGCUGGAUAGAGCAAAUUGGCGAUGAGGUAAUUAUAAGCGAAGUUAUGCUUUGAUGACUCAUAACAUAUCCUUAUAAAAACGACCUAGCCGUAACAUAGUGAAUUUGUUGAUUGAUUGCUUAUUAUCUACGUAAUACGUGCCCUCACGAAUGCUAGAUUCAAUGUCUUUGUUGCUCUUAAGAUUUCAGGAACAAAUUCGACCAGUCUAGUUCAACUUCAGGGAAAACAAGUUUGAACUUUUAUUUCGUUCACCAACGUAGGAUAUUAAACUGUGUCUGUCCAAAAAGAUUUAUUUCAAUAAACAGUAAUAAUAGUAAUAAUAAUAAUAAUGAUGAUGAUGAUGUUGAUGAUUAUGAUAAAUUUAAAAAUUGAUAACUAGAUUAUUAAAGGCUAUCUACUCUGUGUAAGCCUGGUUGUUUCUAGUGAAAUUGCUUAGCCAUAUUCCAUAAACUUGACAAUUUCUAGUAAACAUUUUGGCAAAUGACAAGAAAAUAACGAUUAACAGAUAAAUAAAACAUCACUAUUUGCCCCUUCGUCAGAUUUUCAUUCAACUAGCGUCCCCUGACUCACAUUUAUAGCUGUCCAAAAUGUUGGAAAGGUCAACACUUUUAACGUCUCAUCGUUUUUUUCUCCUCAUCCCCUGUAUUAAAAUUGUUCAGGACGCAUAAACGAGGUUGCUAAAAACAAAAAUACAUUUUCAAGAGUGCGUCGUAAAAUAAAAUGUCACUGAUCUUUAAAACUUUCCCAGAUAAUUUUGUCCAUAUUGUAGAAGUUUGCGUUGUGGAGUCUGGAUAAAGAGGAACAAGUCAAUUAUUUCCGAGUCAUUUUAAUCUGGUUCUAAAAGUUAACCAUCUAAAAAAACUUCCGCCUUACUUUGCUAGGUUUUUUUGUAAGAGUGCUCGUUAAAACUCAAGAAGGUUAAAAUACCAGUAUUUUGUCCAUAUCGUUGCCAGGCUCAUCCGACAACGGAGUCUGACGCUGACCAGAAGACACCCAAUGCGCAGAAGUGCCGACUUCUGAGACCAUGUAAAUCCGACGGUAAACAACUCAGCCUUAGCAGCACCAUUGUGAGAAUAAACUUAUUUCUCGUUAUAUCAGUUAACAAGUUAACACUUAGGCAAUAAACAAUAAAAGCAGACCAGAAGUCCAUAAUGUGGGAGCGUCCAUGUUUCAUUUCAGGCCUGGAUCAUACAGUGCUACAUUUGAGUUGUAUCGCAUAAUUUUGGCAUGAGAUAGGUCAGGUGACCCCAUGCUGUAAAUGGCCAGGGAUAGAAAUCUAAAAAUAGACCUAAAGUCUCACGAGCUUUGAUAGUUAGACGCCCAUGGACGUCCCAGGUUAAUGGGCUUCUGUAAAAACGCAUUCCUGGUAUUAAUAAGUCUACUCAACAAAGAACUGUAAAAAUUAUUUUCAAAAAUGAAAUGAAUAUCAUCUCCUUCAAAAGAGUCGUAUUUAACUAUAAAAGAUAAGACAUAACUAAUAAAUAUAACAAGUAUAACAGAAGAACUAGAGAUAUAAUAAAAAGGAUCAUUUUAAAAUUAAUAUAACUAUCGUUUGUGAAGGUAGUCUGAUAGCAAAUUGAAUACCCUGGAUUUGACAGAGAUGGGUAAUCACGAAACAUAUUUUGACACAUAUUGUCUGUACUGAAUAAACCAAAACGAUAACCUUGGCUUCCUGUGUGAUGGCAAUACUCUUUCUUUUCUUUUUUUUCUUUCUUUUAUUUCCUAAGUGUGAAAUCUCCGUUCAGAAAAAAUGAGCUCUCUGUCAAAGAAGGCGGUGAUCUUAGGGCUUUCUCGGUGUGAAGUGGCACCGAGUUGCCUUCUCGAUCCGUUUGAGCUCCAAGAUUCUUCUAAAAGGCUCGGUUACAAAGCACGCUUAAACCUUAAGCGCUUGUCAAGCAUGUGAAUAAUAUUGCUUUUGAUUUUUACGACUCUUUACAGAAGAGGUACGAGAAGUUUUUUGAGCCAGGCGAGUUGUCUAGACUCAAAAGGACCAAUUCAGCGUCAACUAAUUCGGGCUCGAGCACCUUGUCAGCCUUAACAGCUCCCAGGAGAGCGUCGGAAAUUCCACAAGUUCAUUACGUGGCGAGGGUCCCUAAUGACGCUUCAAACAACACUGAAACAACACUUGGUAUGUUUGAUUGUUACGUGAAUUUGAAGUGGGGUCGUGGGAAGGCAGAAUUGUUUCGAAGAUUUUAUUGGAACACCUCUCUUUGUUGAACAUGAUACUGAACUGGAAAAUGUAUUGGUUUUACGUCUGUAGGAAAAUAUCACAGGUUUUUAAAUUUCUUUUUAUGUAGUGGUACUUCUUAUCCCUAGGGCGCACCUCAAGGGUUGUCCAAAACACACGACUAGAUUCCACUUGAACUAUUAAACGCGAAUAGAUUCCACUAGACUCCCUCAUUGCCAUUGUAUUUUCCAUACAUGUUUAGGGUUUCCUGUCUCGGGUAUUGGCUUAAAGAACGAGAUAUUUCACGACUAGACUUCCGGUAACUCCAGUGGACUCUAGUUGUUGACAACUGGAAUCUGGUGGAGUAUAUUGGUUUUUUCUUUGAGCAGGUCUCCAAGAAACACUUGAAUCCCAGCUUGUCCUUUGGGCAAGCAGCUCUCACAUUUUCCGAAAACCGGUCGUUUCGAUACAAACUCGAGCAGUGAAAUUGCGCGAAAAUUUUGGUCACUUCAAGUACAGUUUGCAAUUGAACAAGAAAAACAUUUUGGGUGAAUGUUCCUCGUUCUUUAAGCCAAGUACGAGAAACUGUUUACACAUCGCAGGAAUCAACUUGUAUCGAAGCGACCGGUAACCCGUUUUCCUUGUCCAGGGCCACUUCUUGAGGAUGACUUGCCUGGACCCUUGUCCAUUGGGCAAGAGCAAGAAAAUCUACUUUCCUGGGCUACUGGACGGAGCUUUGUUCGAGCCCCGUAGAGGCC